AUGGCCACAGACGAUGAGGAUCUCAUGGGCUUCGCCUUGCGCCGAAACGGCACAUGUGCGAGCGACGAGGAGAAUUGCGGCGUGGGCUGGAGCCCAUUCCGAAGAUGUUGUCCAGGAAGAACCCAAUGCCCAAGUGGAAAAGACGAGAAAGGGAUAUGCUGCCCGACAUCAAGAAACUGCCUCGCCGCGUUUUAUGAUAAACCGCGCUGCGCAGACCCGACAGCAGAUCUAUACUUUACCGACCAAACUGAUGGGUAUCACUGCUGCCCAAAUGAUACUCGGGGGUUUUAUACAGUCUCCAAACAGUAUGCGAUCUGCGCAACAGAAGACGGCGUGAAGGCUCUCGGUGUGAAAGUGGUGAGAAUGGAACCAGUCGUGCAAUCUUAUCUGCCAUCUACAAGUUCAGACCUCGGGGGGGGUAUUGGCUCAACUCCGACCUCGGAUAGUGCGAAUAGUGGUUCUUCCCACUCUAAUACCGGGGCAAUCGCGGGUGGCGUCGUUGGUGGUGUAGCUGGCGUCGGCAUCUUGAUUGCGCUUGCCUGGUUUUUAUUACGUCGUCGAAGAAAGAACUCUCAAGAUACCCAACCCGUCCAACCUGUUCAAUCUACCCAACCUACCUCCUUUUUCCCAGCCCCUGCGUCGGAGCUGAGUGGUAGUAACCAGGCCACUGAGCAGAGCUACCAAAGCGUUUCAGAGCUACCAGCAGAACGGAAGGUUCGACCUGCUGAGUUGGCGUCAUGA